AUAUGCAUCUGUAGUCACCGCUCAUGAUGAGGCAUGCGCAUAUUUCACUCUGAAUUUGAUAAACACUGUUAGUUGACGUAAGUCUCAAACACAGUCGCUUAUUCUUCUUCCUCUAUUAUUAUUUAUCAUCAGAAUUAUAUUACUCAGAAAGAUGUCGGCUAUGUUAACUGCUGAUUGGUUUCCUUUGGGCCGAGACGUGUACUUUAGAAAAUUCGAACUCUAUCCAUUAUCUUUCCAACAUGAGGUUUCGAAUAAUAAUUUUUUAGUAGCAGCUCCUUACGGAGGUUCCAUUGCAAUUACCAGGAAUCCAAAGAAAUUGGUUAAAGUUCAAGGAACCAGUAAACCUAUGAUAUAUUUAUAUACAUCAUCUGGAAAAUUAACAGCCAAGUUACAAUGGAGCGGUGGACAAUUGGUUUAUCUAGGUUGGUCUCAGCAAGAAGAAUUGUUAUGUAUACAAGACGAUGGUAUGGUUCACAUAUACGAUAUGUUUGGCACUUAUCAACAUGCCUUUACCAUGGGAAAUGAAGUGAAAGAUACCAAAGUUGUAGAGGCAAAGUUCUUUGUCAGCUACACUGGUACAGGUAUCGCAGUUUUGACCUCUACUAAUCGUAUAUUCCUAGUGAAUAACGUGGUGGAACCAAAAGUUAGACAAAUAGAAAUUCCCAGGCACGGAGGCACCAUAGAUUGUUGGUGUUUAGUACUUUGCGACAGGGAAUCUCGUGUAAUUUUAUCAAACCGAGAUGGAAUAUUUGUUGUACAUCAGUCGUAUCAAAACGCAGUCCACGUACCAUUUGACAAUAUCUUCAGCAGACAUAAUAAAAUAUACAGUGUAAUAGCCAUGGCUGUGUCUGGAAAUAAUCGUCAUAUCGCUCUUUAUACGGAUACCAGUCAUUUGUACAUAGGUUCUGUUGAUUUUAAGAAAAAAUAUUGCGAGCAUUAUACGAAUAUGAAAGAACCAUUAGAAAAUAUAGCAUGGUGUGGAACUGAAGCUGUAGUAUGCAGCUGGAGUAGUACCGUAAUGGUGGUCGGUAGAACCGCCGAAGUAAUAGUGUACACUUACGACGGUCCGGUACAUCUUGUUACAGAAAUUGACGGUGUGCGUGUACUGUCUGGUUCUUCUCAUGAAAUGAUACAGAAAGUACCGAGCGUUGUUCAAAAGAUAUUUGGUAUUAAUUCAACCGAUCCUGCAUCUUAUCUUUUGGAAGCUUCGAAACAAUUUCAGAAGAAGAGCCAUAAAGCUGACAGUUACAUAGAUCUGGUUAAAGAUAAAUUAGACGUAGCGGUAAAAGCUUGUAUCGAUGGUGCUGGUCAUGAAUUUCAUUUUGAAACGCAAAAGCUUUUAAUGAGAGCAGCCAAAUUCGGAAAAGGCUUUAGCAAAACAGUCAAUCCUGACUAUUAUGUUAAUAUGUGUCGAACGUUGAGAGUUUUGAAUGCGGUUAGACAUCCUGCGAUUGGAAUUCCAUUAACGUAUACUCAAUUUACUGUUUUAACGAGUCAAGUGUUGUUAGAUAGGCUCGUUGCGAGGAGACACUACUAUUUAAGCAUACAAAUUGCACGACAUCUUCAGUUACCUGAAAUCGAAGGAGAAAGUCGAAUAUUAGCUCAUUGGGCUUGUUAUAAAGUCAAACAAACACAGUUGGAUAAGGAACAAAUAGCAGAAGAAAUAGCCGAUAAAUUAGGAUACGCGCCCGGAGUUUCUUACAGCGAAAUUGCAAAACGAGCAGCCGAUUGCGGUCGAAAACAGCUAGCUAUCAAACUGAUAGAUUAUGAACCACGUGCACACCAACAGGUACCGCUUUUGUUAACGCUUGGAGAAGAAAGAGCUGCUUUAAGCAAAGCCGUUGACAGUGGAAAUACUGACUUGGUUUAUACAGUGAUACUUCACCUCAGGGAAAAUAUGACGCUCAGCGACUUCCAGAUGUCCAUAAGCCGUUGUCCUUUAGCGAUGGCCUUAUACAUUAAAUAUUGUCAAAAUCACAAUCGGGAAACACUUCGAGAUAUUUAUAAUCAGUACGAUGACUUUCAUUCUCAAGCGAUAUGGUUUAUUACUGAAAGUUAUCAGCGAAAGAAUACAAUGGCAAGAGAAGCUUUAUUGCAGUCUGCUCAAGAAAAUUUCAAGUUAGCUCGUAACGAUACCAACGCGGCUUUGACAGAGGAACAAAUAAAAUUGUUACGCUAUCAAAGAUCUUUAGAAGAUAUAUUACACGAAUCAAUCGUUGGAAAACCGCUUCACGAUACAGUACAGAUAUUAUUGUCACACAAUGAAUUAAAAUUGGCAGAUAAAUUGAGAUCGGAAUAUCGAAUAUCAGACCGAAGAUAUUGGUGGUUACGAAUACAUUAUUUAGCAAAAGAGAAUAUGUGGAGUGAACUAGAAAAGCUUUCUAAAAGCAAAAAAUCUCCCAUUGGUUAUGAGCCAUUUGUAGAUCAAUGUUUGAAAUAUAACAAAGAAAGAGAGGCAAAGAAAUAUUUACCUAAAGUAAAAGAUGAGCUGAAAGUGAAAUACUUUGUCAAACUAAAAAUGCUAAACGAAGCGAUUCAAACAGCAGUAGAACAAAAAAAUGUUUCAGCGUUAAAAUUUGUCCUGGCACAAUGUAAUGCAUCUGAUAGACAGUUAAUUGAUAAAAUUAACAUGUAUAUAACAAGUCUUGAAAACUAACAUUCUAUUAAUAUGGUUUCGAAUCAUUGGUUAAAAAUUGAGAUAUGUUCAUCAGAAAGUUAUUUUCUAGAUACAUUUAAGUGAAAACAAUUUAAAAACAGGUUAAAUUUUUUUUAAAGGUGCAUAUUUGUACAAGUAUACACGUACACGUGUAUGCACAUCUGUAUGUAAAUAUUAUUACUAUGUAUAAAAUAAUGAGAUCAGAACCUAUAAUAGAUCUCUUAAAUAUCUCGGUAUAUUAAUGUAAUUAAUUUAAUGUAUAUACAUACAUAUAUAUACAUAUAUGUAUUUAAUCUUUCUAAACUUAACAUGUAAUGGGAAUAUUCAUCAACUACUUUCUCCUGUAGACUUUAUGAAAUUUUGAUGUCUGUCAACAAGAUCAUUGACAAUUAAUCGUUCGAUUUCCUCACCUCUGUUCAACUGUUCGUUAGUAAGAGAAAUGACAUGAUUACUUUCCUGACUGACAAUUGUUACUUGUUGUUUUCGAGUAUGCAACAUAUUUGCUAUGACCAGCUGGAACAAAAAUAGUUUCAGUGUGUACAAAGAAACAGUAUAUUUUAUUAAUUUACAAUAUGCUAUUAACGAAAUUAAUUGAAAUUACUCACAUUGUGUUUGUAUCUAUUGAGUGCACUUCUGGCUUUUAAAAUUAAAAGGCUUUCAUCAGUUUCCAACUUAAAGGACACUACAAACGCUUGCGGAACCCACAGACUUACUAAAGGAGCUAAUAUUUUUGGCACCAAUUGAAGGGAUAUUGUUUGCGGUUCAUUUGAAGAAAUUUUAUGAACAGCCUAAACAUAUUGAAAGCGAUUUUACACAUAAAUAAAUUUUAACAAUUUUGUUAAAAUUGAUUUUGUGAUGUGUUUAUAGAAAAUUUUGAACAUAUAUACCAAUUCAUUGGAAGGAAUGUAAAAAUCCGAAACUGCAGCAGCCAGGUACAAAAUAGCUUUGUUUUUAAAGGAAGCUAGUGCUUGACAGGCAGACCGAAGAAGCCAAAGAUAUUCAGAAAGGGUUGUGAAAGUGAGUUGCAAUAGUCUAUCUUGAUUCAGAGCUUCUUUAUAUUUAUGCAGUAUUGUCGCCAACUUCUCUGUAUACUGUGGCAACACUACAAACACAGUAUGGAUUGUAUAGUUAUGUUACAAUUAAAUCAAUUACACAA